GCCAGGAAACUUGUGAUGGAAGGCACCGAACAAUGCCCACACAGUGAAGAUCUGUGGCUGGAAGCCUCGAGAUUGAUGCCGCCUGAGGAUGCAAAGGCGGUGGUUUCAGAGGGUCUGCAGAAGAUACCUCUGUCAGUCAAAUUGUGGGUCAAGGCCAUGGAGAUGGAGUCAGAGCUAAAGGGCAAGAAGCGCGUCAUCAGGAAGUAG